AAUGAUACGCCACGUGAAUAUCAUUCUCUUGCUGCUAGCAUUGAAAACCGCCGUUUCUAUAACGGAUAUCGCAAGUGAUUUUAGCUGGGAUUUCUUCAAGACCAUAUUCAUGGAGUCCAGAAAUAUUGUCACUUCCGGUUUCACAAUUCGAACGGCAAUGACCCUAUUGGCUAGCACCGUCACCGAUCGCUACGCACUCGAACAGAUGCGCAAAGGACUUCACAUCCACGACAGCAUGACGAAGGCUUCGGAGCAGACUCGUCGCCAACUGCUCGUACUAUCCGCAGAUCAGGACCUCACGUUUGGAACUAAAGUGUUUGCUUUCGGAACGAAACCGUUCAAUCCGGUGUUUCUAGCGGGAACGCACUAUUUUGACGCGGCCAUUGAGAAACGACCCCGGUUGAACGUUACUCGACUAGUCACAGCUGCCGACCAUUGGUGUAAUGCAAUAACUUCAGGCAUGGUUAAGAAUAUUCUAUCGCCGGAUGAGAUCAAUCCUAACACACGUCUGAUCGUGCUAAAUACUAUCGUCAUGUGGAGUGGAUGGACACACCGUUUCGAUAAGAGGGAUACCAAGAGGGAAAUAUUUCAAGCAGCAGGUAAACGAUUCCUAACGGAUAUGAUGAAUCUACCGGAAACAGUGUUGAAUACUGGAAUCUACAAACCGCUGAAUGCGGUGGCCUUGGAGCUACCACUCCGUAUGUUUAAUUCCUUACUGUUGAUUAUGCCGCUGACAGCGGAAGGUAAUAUGACAAAUUUGGUGAAUCGUUUGAAUGAAAAUGAGUUUAAGAAUUUAUAUAACUCAUUGAAACCGGAGCGAAUUGCGGUGAAACUGCCACGGUUCUCUAUUUCCAACACUAUCAACGUCCAAUACAUCCUACGGCAGCUUCAUCUGAAUGCGCCGUUCGAUUGGAGCGUAUUUCAAAUCUUCAAAGACGAAAAAUUGCCUCUUGAUGUUGUAAAACAAUCCGUUUCGAUUAAUGUCAACGAAAUUGGAGUUGAUGCGUCUGGUAAAACGACGGCCUCCGUUUCGUCCAGAAGUGGAUCCAAACUUUUCGCUGCGAAUCGUCCCUUCGUGUAUGUCGUUGUUAAAACAAACAAGCGCAUUCCACUGUUUGUGGGACACUAUGCGUAUCCCAUCGGCAAGCAGUCGCUGGAUGAUUUUGGAACCAGUUAGGUGUAAGGUUGGAAUACUUUUGUCCGAAGUCUGACUGUCAAAUUAUGUUGGCUGAUAAUUGUUGGCUGAGCCGCAAACCCAGUCAAAUCCGUCGAAUCGGAUGUUUUUUGUUUUGACGUAGGACUACGUCUUUGUUUUCGAUAUGGGGGUGCACUUUGUAAAUUCUACAAAAAUAGUAUGUAACGAAAAAUGAUCCAAUUUUAAAUGCAUAUAAUUCAGCCAUCUCACGAUAAAUUUUCAAAUUGUUUGCAAAAUAUCACCCCGAAAUACUUCUAAGACUAGAUUCCAAUGGAUAAACCCAAAGAUUUUUGAU